AUUGUCGAUACAAGGUGGCGUCGAGGCGUGCUCGGAAAUAAGAAUAAACAGUGAACUCGUGUCUGCGUGUGAGGACAAUCUAUAGCUGCUUGAAAAAUAAAUUCUAUAAUGGCAAAUUUUACGGCUGAUCUAUUCGAUGUUUUCGAAGAAGCGGAUGAAAUAGUGGAAAUACCGCCAAUAAAACAGGAUAACACAAGCACCUCCUUGGCUGAAAAAAAAACAGGGGAUAGUAGCGGUAAACGAGAAUUCGAAUCUACUGAAAACGAUCAUGUUGAAGUAAAGAAAUUGAAAUCGGAUUUUGUAUUAAGCGAUAUAAACAUAGAAGAAUUAGCUCCACGAAUUAAAAUACAUACUAUAGAAACGAUUGAGUCCUGCACACACGAAGUUGCUGUUCCACCAGAUUACGAAUAUGUACCUUUAGAAAACAAACAAGGGAAACCAGCUAAAGAAUAUAAAUUUGUACUAGAUCCAUUUCAGAAGGAAGCAAUACUGUGUAUAGAAAACAAUCAGUCUGUUUUAGUUUCUGCCCACACAUCAGCUGGUAAAACUGUUGUUGCGGAGUAUGCUAUAGCAUGUUCGUUGAAAGACAAACAAAGAGUAAUCUAUACUACUCCCAUAAAAGCAUUGAGUAACCAGAAGUAUAGGGAGUUCUUUGAAGAGUUCAAAGAUGUUGGUUUGAUAACUGGGGAUGUUACCAUUAAUCCAACAGCCAGUGUCUUAAUUAUGACCACAGAAAUCUUAAGAAAUAUGCUGUACAGAGGAUCAGAGGUUAUGCGUGAAGUUGGAUGGGUAAUUUUUGACGAAAUUCAUUAUAUGCGUGACAAAGAAAGAGGCGUUGUAUGGGAAGAAACAUUAAUAUUAUUACCGGACAAUGUGCAUUACGUUUUUCUUUCUGCUACUAUACCAAAUGCGCGACAAUUCGUCGAGUGGGUUACGCAUUUACAUAAACAACCAUGCCAUGUUGUUUACACAGACUAUAGACCAACUCCGCUACAACAUUAUAUAUUCCCUGUUGGGGGUGAUGGAAUUCAUUUGGUGGUAGAUGAAGCUGGACAAUUUAAAGAAGAAAACUUCAAUAGAGCAAUGGCGUGUUUGCAGCAUGGUGAUGCAGCUAAAGGUGACACAAAAGGCCGUAAAGGGGGUAUGCGAGCUACGAAUGCUGGGCAAACUAAUAUUUUUAAAAUGGUUAAGAUGAUUAUGGAAAGAAAUUUCGCGCCCGUUAUUAUAUUCAGUUUUUCAAAGAAAGAUUGCGAAAUCUACGCGAUGCAGAUGGCUAAAUUGGAUUUGAACACAUUGGAAGAGAAAAAACUGGUGAACGAGGUAUUUAACAAUGCUAUGGAUGUUCUCAACGAGGAAGAUAGACGUUUACCACAGGUGGAAAAUGUUUUGCCAUUAUUGAGACGUGGAAUAGGAAUUCAUCACGGUGGACUGUUACCUAUAUUGAAAGAAACAGUGGAGAUACUAUUCGGCGAAGGUCUGAUAAAAGCGCUUUUCGCGACGGAGACGUUUGCGAUGGGUUUAAACAUGCCAGCGCGAACAGUGUUGUUCACCGCUUCACGAAAAUUCGACGGUAAAGAUUUUCGUUGGAUAACUUCCGGAGAGUACAUACAAAUGUCUGGCCGAGCUGGCAGAAGAGGACUGGAUGAGAAAGGUAUAGUAAUACUGAUGAUCGAUGAGCAAGUUAGUCCUGUUAUCGGUAAAGCGAUUGUACAAGGAAAAGCGGAUCCCAUCAAUUCAGCGUUCCAUUUAACGUACAACAUGGUUCUGAACCUUUUGAGAGUCGAAGAAAUUAAUCCAGAAUAUAUGCUUGAAAGGAGUUUUUAUCAGUUUCAAAAUCAAGCUUCUAUCCCCGAUUUGUACAAUAAGGUAAAAGAAUUACAAGCGGCAUAUAACGCAGUGGAUAUUGAUAAGUAUAGUCAAAUAUCGUCUUAUCAUGACAUACGUGAACAACUUGAUCGGCUUACUAAUGAGUUCCGGUCUUAUUUGACAAAGCCAGAGUAUUUGCUACCUUUUUUGCAACCUGGAAGGCUAGUUAAAGUAAAGAAUGAAAAUGAGAUGUUCGAUUGGGGUAUUAUAGUGAAUUUUAAGAAGAAAAAUCCAAAGAAUCCAACAGGAAGAGAGAACACAGUCAUAAUUAUUGAUAUUUUACUGCACAUUUCGAAAGAAUCCAGCGAAGGGUGCCCUAUACCCUGCCAUGAAGGGCAAGAGGGUGAAGUGGAAGUGGUACCUGUAUUGCAUACAUUAAUUUCUCAAAUCAGUUCUCUUAGGUUGUAUUAUCCGAAAGAUUUAAGACCGUCGGACAAUAGAAAAAGUGUAUUGAAAACAAUACAGGAAGUGAAGAAAAGAUUCCCCGACGGAUUACCACUCCUGAAUCCCAUCACAGACAUGCGUAUAGAAGACGAGGCAUUCAAAGAUAUCGUCAAAAAAAUCGAACUACUUGAAGAAAGACUAUACGCACAUCCUUUGCACAAAGAUUCCAAUGUAAAUACAUUAUACGAGCAAUUUUUGAAUAAAGAGGAUUUGGGUGAUCAGUUAAAGCAAGCGAAAUCAGAACUGAAGAAAGCCAAAUCGAUACUUCAAAUGGACGAAUUAAAAUGUAGAAAAAGAGUACUGAGAAGAAUGGAUUACUGUACAGCGUCCGAUGUUAUACAAUUAAAGGGCCGUGUGGCCUGCGAACUGAACGGAGCUGAUGAAUUGUUAAUGACGGAGAUGAUCUUUAAUGGAUUAUUCAAUUCAUUAAGUGUGCCACAGAUGAUAGCAUUAAUUAGUUGUUUUGUUUGUGACGAAAAGUCGAAUGAAAUGCCAAGGUCUACGGAGGAAUUAAGUGGUCCGCUUCGACAAAUGCAAGAUUUAGCUCGAAGAAUAGCGAAAGUAUCUACAGAAGCUAAUUUAGAGUUAGAUGAAGACGCGUACGUGGAAAGGUUUAAACCCUAUCUCAUGGAUGUAGUAUAUUCUUGGAGUAAAGGGGCUACGUUUUUACAAAUUUGUAAAAUGACAGAUAUAUUUGAAGGUUCAAUUAUACGAUGUAUGCGGCGAUUAGAGGAAGUUCUUAGGCAAUUGUGUCAAGCGGCAAAAAAUAUUGGAAAUACGGACUUAGAGAAUAAAUUCAGCGAAGCAAUCAAACUUAUAAAACGUGAUAUUGUCUUCGCCUCAUCUUUGUAUUUAUAAUAAAAAUUCUUAGAACGAUGUGCUAUUAUUUAAAAUAUAGAUUUUUUUAUUACGA